UAUAUGAUGACUCCUGUGAACACCUAUCAACAAACAAUCACAACUCACCAUCGCAACAGCCGGAUGAGUGCAAUUCAUCCCAGGGACAAAUUGCGGCUCAAUCCCGACAAUUUUACGGAAUCCACCAGUCUUGGUCCCCACAAUUCCCACGCAGCAACGAAGUCAUUCAUCAUCCUCUCAGUUCACAUCCAAUACAAAAUCGCUUGGACAGUGUUCAAAGAACGAUCUCAUUCAUGCCUGUUCCUGUAGAUCGGAGCAGUGGGGAUAGUCCAUCAGGUGAUUGCGGACUGACGACAACCGAAGGAUCGAACUCCAACACAAACGUUGGUGGUACUCUUCGGAUGCAUCCUUUUCAAAAAUCGAUUGGUCGAAUUCAAACCCCCGAUCAAACUAAUGCCUACGAGCAAGGACAGUUGGAUUCAGAUCGUGAAGAAAAGGCGGGACAUGGGAACAGUCUUACGGAUUGCUUUAAUUCUUCUUUUGACGACCGUAAUCCAGAACAAGAAUUUCGCGCAAAUCCCAAUCCACGGGGAUGUUCUCGGGAUUCCAUUGGGGUAACGAACCAAAAGACAGUGGACUUGGAUGGUCAGUUUUCAUCACGAUAUUCGGAUGGAAUCCAAAUGCAGAUAGCUCCGCAGCUCGAGCACUACUCAGCUACUCAGUCCUAUACAUUCGACUCGCAUGUUAUGGAGUCCGAAAGUCCGCUUUCUUUGGACUCAAACAACACGACUGAAAUGGACAGUGGGAUCAGGAUGGACAACCCCAAAUUGGUAGACGGGUGUUUGACCAGUGCUGCCUCAAUGGCUGCUGCAAUGGUUGCUUGUGCGAAGCAGAAACGACACCGUACUCGCUUCACUCCCAUUCAGUUGACUGAGUUGGAACGAGCGUUCUCCAAAACGCACUAUCCAGAUAUUUUUAUGCGGGAAGAACUAGCCUUGCGGGUGGGACUGACGGAAUCCAGGGUAC